GCCCAUUUGAAAUGGUGCAAUUUAAAAAAAUGGAAGAACUAUAACAUAGAUAAAAAUAAGUUUUACAAUUAUUACGAAACACAAGGAAAAUAAUAUUUGAAUAAAAACACACUAAUAUACUUAAGGCAAAGAUCACAUACCACUCGCCCUCACAACAACAAAAGCAAUUGAACACAUCCAGCGUGAAAUCAUACAAUACUCAAAUUCAUCAUCGCAGAUCUAUUUUAAGAUAAAAACACCUGCUCACACAGGAUUACCUCUCUCCCAUUGUUAUUUAUACAGACUCACAAAAGCUUUACCUAAUCAGUUCUCUUUCUCCAAGACUUCCAAUAUAAGGGUCCCACAUUUCUCUAUUCACUUUCUCUCUCCUCUACUUUCUCUGCGACUCACUAAAGAGGGAGAAACAAUGCACCACUGUUCCGUUUGAGGAACAACAAGAACAAGAACAAAGAUUUCAUUUCUAGAUCGAAUUUUUGUGUUUUUUUUGUCCAAAGAGAAGAAUUUUGCUUGUUAUGGAUAUGGAAUUGGAUCAUCCUGUCAUCGCUAACGAGCUCAAAGAUGAAAAGGAUGUCUUAAUGGCUGAUCUAGCGGUGCCAACUACUGUGCUAGUUUCUGUGGAUAAUGGCAAUGGUGUGAAGACCUCCACAUCAGGAUCCAAUAAUUCAGCUGAUCAUAAUGGUUCUACUUCCGACUUAUCAUUUCAAGAUGAUGCCAUUGAUGAUGGGGAUGAUUAUGUGGAUGAUGAUGUUUAUUCAGACUACUAUGAUAAUGAUGAGUAUUUGUCUGAUGUGGAUGAUGAACUUAUGAAGCUGCAAGCUCAAUUUGACAAUGCAGACUUGCCCCCUGGUGUUGAGGCAUCAGUUCCCUGGUUGCAGGAUCCUUCUCCAAGUGAGAAGCCUCCUGCUGCUGGAACAUCAACUUUUCCAGUCCAGGAAGAGAAAGUCUCUGCGUCUAGCAGCUCUAAAGCCGAGUCAAGUUCAAUUGUUAAAAAGGAAGAAGAGAUGGAUGAGGUUUUGAGAAAAUUAAUGUACUUCAAACAAUUUGAUACAGUCGCUGUAUGUUCUGAUCAUCACUAUCUAGAUAUGGAAUCCUCAGGGCGAAUGCCUUCAAAGGAUUGGUCAAAGAAAAUUCAGGAUGAGUGGAAGAUACUGGAGCAGAACUUACCAGAAACAAUAUUUGUUAGAGUUUAUGAAUCACGGAUGGAUCUUUUAAGAGCUGUCAUUAUAGGACCAUCAGGUACUCCAUAUCAUGAUGGGCUUUUUGUCUUUGAUGCUGUGUUUCCAGCUACAUAUCCAAAUGAACCACCGAUGGUCCAUUAUCAUUCAAGUGGCUUUCGACUUAAUCCCAACCUGUAUGAAUGUGGAAAAGUCUGCUUGAGCUUGUUGAACACAUGGAGUGGCGGACGAGACGAGAUGUGGCUUCCAAAAAAGUCAACAAUGCUUCAAGUUUUGGUGUCUAUUCAAGCUUUAAUUCUGAAUGCUGAACCCUUUUUUAAUGAACCUGGGUUCGACAAGACAUACAGAGGUUCCGAGGGGAAGAAAAAAGCCAAGGAAUACAGUGAAGAUAUUUUCAUUAAAUCCUUGAAAAAGAUGAUGUACACAAUUAGGAAUCCCCCUCAGCAUUUUGAGGUUCUGGUAGCUGGACAUUUUCGUGUUCGUGCUCUUGAUAUCAUGACAGCAUGUAAGGCAUAUGCUGAUGGUGCUGAGGUAGGGUGUGAUAUCAAGAAAUGGCUUGAAGAGGGCGACAAUGCUUUAAAAACCGGCUCAUCUAACUUCAAAACUGAGGUUGCUAAAAUAAUGAGACCGCUUGUCAAAUAUUUCAUCAAUAAUGGGUCGAAGGACUGCGAGAAGUUUCAGAGCUGAUGCGUUGACCUUAUAUCAGAUACUUCUGAUUGCUCAACAAGUACUGACAUAACUCUAGAAAGGCUUAUAAGUAGGACCUAAGCAUAAUCUAAAUGCAAUUACUUGUGCAGAUUUUGAUAGAACUUUAGGAAACUAUUGUGCAGUGCUAGCAUUAUCGCUUUUAUUGUGCCUAGAAAUGAUAUGAUUUUCUAGGACAAUGUAACUCUCAGAAUCAACAUCUGCUUUAUUAAUUUCUUAGUGAAAUGGAUGUUGUUGACAUCUAAAUUCUCUGCUCAA